AUGGGCUCUAUUGGAGAAUCGCCUUUAACGGUUUCGAACCCCUUUCGAACCAGGAUCUUAAACGGUCAAAUCACCCCGCUCUUGUCAAUAAAGCAUGUUGCUACCAACGAAAUCGCCAUGAUGGCAAAGAUGGCCGGAUUUCACGCGGUAUUUAUCGACAUGGAGCAUUCCACCUUCGACAUGCGUACUGUUGGCCAACUCAUCCUGGCCUGCAACUACGUCGGCGUUGCACCCGUGGUCCGAUCUCCAUCCAAGUCUCACUGGCAUCUGAGCCGCAUUCUCGACGCUGGAGCUGCAGCUGUUGUUAUCCCUCACAUUGAGACCAUUGAAGAAGUUCGAGAUCUCGUACACCACGCCAAGUAUGCACCCCUUGGUGCACGCGGAUGUACAAACAACCAGCCUCUCUUCAACUUUCAACAUAUCCCAACCCUCAAGCAAAAUGAAGCUUUAAACGCCCAGACUCUGCUGAUUCCUAUGAUUGAAACACCAUCCGCUGUUGAGAUAGCCGAGGAAAUCUUUGCUUUGGAUGGUGUUGACGGUGUCCUUGUCGGAUCGAACGACUUGUGCACUGAUCUAGGAAUCCCAGGGAAGUACGAUGAUCCGCUAUAUCUGAACGCUGUCACCAAGGUCAUCAAUGCUGCCAACAAGUACGGGAAGACCGUCGGAAUCGGCGGGAUCGGAGGUCGACUGGAUCUCCUUGAGAAAUGGUUUUCUAUGGGCGCAACUUGGUCGCUAAGUGCAGCCGAUGGUGCUAUCCUGCAAAAUGGCAUGAAGCAGGUUAUCAAGAACUACGGGGAGAUCAGCGAAAGGGUAGAGAAGCCAAGGAAUUAA